AUGUCGUCUGACAAGGGAUCCGCGUGUGUGCAGGGUAAUGACGACACAUUCCGCGAUUUCCCCCAUGACUUGAAGCUUCAAGUUGCACGCGAACUGCCCAACGAGCGCGUCGAAAGCGUCGUGUACCCUACCUACGAGACCAAAGGCGAGCUUGCGCAGGCCAGCCAGGCCUUCCUAGAAUGGCUGAAGGAACGUGUCAUGGAAACCCGCAAGGCGCAUCUGGAGAAGCCGUGGCCUCCUGACGACAGGGAGGUGGGUGUCAUACUCGUCGCGCACUCUAUGGGUGGCUUCGUGGCCGCCGAUGCCCUCUUCCUCUCCCUCAACGAAAGGCUCGAGUCCGAUACGGCGGACCAGCCGCCGUUCCCUCUCAUCCAAGGGAUCCUCACGUUCGACACCCCCUACAACGGCCUCGCGAGGUCCAUGUUCGUGUACGGCGCAUUCUCCAACUACCAGAAAGUCAGCAACGUCUUCAACGUCAUGACCGCGCUCGGCGCCGCAGCGCCAGCCGGCAUAAGGAGCCUCGCGACACAGCGCGCGACUCGAUCUGCCGCGAUAUCCGCGACAUCGCGGUCGAGUAGUCCGGCGUGGAAGGCGUGGCAACUCGUGGCAGUGCGGACCGGGACCGUCGGCGCCAUCGCCGCCGGGGGCGUCGCCGCGUACAUGCAUCGCGAGGCCAUCAUGGAGGGCGUGAAAAAGGUGAAGAACAUCAACAGAGAUACUGUUGCCGAUGGGUAUCGGCAGAGCAUGGAGACGCUGGGCCAGGGACUCGCGUACGUGAACCGAGGAAACGUCGGCCACUCCUUCGCUUGGCUCUCGGAUCACUUUACCUUUGUUGGCUCUCUGAUGAAACAAAACGAGCUGUCUCGCCGCCUCGACCGCAUGGGGUCUUUGAAGGGCGUCGGGAUACAAGACUUUUACAUCUCGCUGGGAGAGAACGGCUACUGGCGUGGCGGAUACUUUGUCCCGGAGCGGACCUUCUGCGCCGUCCCGCCCGAGGAUCACGUCGCCAACCCGCUCUUCACGCGCUAUGUGAUGCGAGACGCUGAAGACGAAAUCAUGGCCCACAUGACCAUGUUCAAGCCCGAAAAGAAUGCGGCCUACGAGAGAAUGACUACCGAGGCAGUGGAGUGCGUGAAGAAGUGGUUCCUCAGCGACGAGCCAUUGUUUGACGACCCCAAGUUCCGCGAGAUACCCCCCGAGGAAGUCAAACAGGACCACGUGGCCGAAGAAGCCCUCAAAGAGCAGGAAAAUGUCCUGCACGAUGAGGAAGAAGUUCAAAAGGCGAGCACCGCCGCCGACGACGACGACGACGACCUGCCAGACGAAUCUCCCAUCGACAUCGCCGCAGCUGCGUCCAUGGUCCCUCUCCCGGGCGGCGGCGGCGGCGAAGAGGGCGAUCUAGUCGUGCCAAGCGAGGACGAGAGCACCGACGCCAACGAGAGGAAACGGACGUACCGCCAGUACCUCUUUCAGAUUGCGCAGCAGACGGGCCAAGGGGCCAAAGCCUGGUGGCCUUCCAAGAUGCCUCAAAUGCCCCAGAUGCCGAACGUGUCCAUGCCGUCGAUGCCGCAGAUGCCAUCCGCGGUGUCGUCACUGGAUCGGAUCCCCGUGCCGGGCUGGGAUCUUUUCAGUAAAAAGAACACAGCUGGCGUGGCCAAGGAUAGGGCCGCGGGUGCGGAAGAAGGGGAUGCGUGCGAGAACGUCGUAGGUGCAAAAGACGACGCCGAGGACGAUAUGAAGGACACGGGCGUGAGAAGUGACCCUGGGGAACCAGUAACGGACACAACAGGAGGCGCGGAGAAGGACGGUGAUGCCACCCAUGAUCAGGAGAUGGUUACAGAUACGGCAAAAGGCGCAGAAGACACGGGUGCCAACACGACGGGAGACAUCGACGGAAAGGCCACGAUAUAG